AUCUGUGUUUCUCUUUUGCAGCCAAAUGUGGAACCUGAUUGCGACAGCUAGAAAAGGUGAUGCCCCAAUGAAUAUUGUCUCUCUUUUGAGUUUUGAAUAAACAAUGGCUGCCAAUGUCCCUCCGAAUUACCAGAAACCAUCCCUUCGCCUUCUUCUCUGUUGUCUUACAAAAAACCAGAAAGCAAAAUGCUUCCCUCUCGACCUUCACAUUACCAAAUCCAAAUUCCAGACAACAUUCUGAUUUGCCAGAAAGAACCCACUUGGUUCCCACCGAUAACAUAGCAACAUCAACACCGUCCUCCGGGAAAUCUUUAGUCUUCGAUCAACAUCGGUUAAGUGACGUUGUUUCAGCGAACAAGAUUAUCAUGAACUACAUCCGAGCAGGUGAUUUGGACUCUGCACUCUGUGUAUUCGAGAACAUGACAAUUAGAACAACGAUUACUUGGAAUUCCAUGUUGGCUUCGUAUUCUAAAACGCCUGGGAAAUUGAAGGAGGCACGCCAAUUGUUCGAUCGCAUUCCUCAACCAGAUGUCGUCUCAUUUAAUACCAUGUUAGCAUGUUAUUUUCGUAACUCUGAUAUUGAAACUGCUCGGAUCUUUUUCAACAUAAUGCCAGUUAAAGACCCGGCAUCAUGGAACACGAUGAUCUCUGGUCUCUCGCAGAAUGGGAAGAUGAAUGAAGCUCGUGAACUCUUUUUAGUUAUGCCAGAGAAGAAUAUUGUCUCCUGGAGUGCCAUUAUUUCGGGUUAUAUUGAGGCUGGGUAUUUGGAGUUGGCAGUGGAAUUGUUUCAGCAAGCUCCUGUCAAGAGUGUGAUUGCUUGGACAGCAAUGAUUACUGGGUUUAUGAGGUCUGGGAAGAUUGAAUCAGCAGAGGAGUUAUUUGCAGAGAUGCCUGCAAGGAAUUUGGUGACUUGGAAUGCCAUGAUUGCUGGUUAUGUUGAGAAUUCUGACUCUGAGGGUGGCUUGAAGCUUUUCAGGAGGAUGGUCGAGGAGGGAAUCAAGCCAAAUCCGUCUACCAUCUGCAGUGUUUUGUUGGGUUGUAGUAACUUAUCCGCAUUGCAAUUGGGUAAGCAGGUACAUCAACUUAUCCAUAAAUCACCACUGUAUCUUCAUACGACUGUUGGGACUUCAUUCCUUAGUAUGUAUUGCAAAUGUGGGGACUUAGAGGAUGCGAAGAAGUUAUUUACUGAGAUGCCCCGUAAAGAUGUUGUUUCAUGGAAUGCAAUGAUUUCUGGGUAUGCCCAACAUGGCUUUGGUGGGAAAGCAAUUCAGUUGUUUGAUGUGAUGAAGGGUAAGGGAAUCAAGCCAGAUUGGAUCACCUUUGUUGCAGUUUUGUCAGCCUGUAACCAUGCAGGAUUAGUAGAUCUUGGAAUCCAGUAUUUCAAUUCUAUGGAAAGCUGCUAUGGAAUUGAAGCCAAGCUGGAUCACUAUACAUGUAUGGUUGAUCUGCUUGGUCGAGCUGGUUUGCUAGACAAAGCCGUAGAUUUGAUAAAGAAAAUGCCUUACAGUGCACAUUCUGCCAUAUUUGGUACCCUUUUGGGCGCUUGUAGAAUCCACAAGAACUUGGAAUUGGCUGAAUUUGCUGCCAAAAACCUGCUUGAUCUUGAUCCAACUAAUGCCGCAGGUUACGUUCAACUUGCCAAUGCCUAUGCUGCUGUGAAAAAGUGGGAUCAUGUUGCAAGGGUUCGCCAAUUAAUGAAGGACAGUAAGGUUGUGAAGACACCUGGGUAUAGUUGGAUUGAGGUAGGAAGUGAAGUUCAUGAGUUCAGAUCGGGAGAUAGAGUUCACCCAAAAUUGGCUUCUAUACAUGAAAAAUUAGAUGAGCUGGAGAGGAGGAUGAAGCUAGCAGGGUACGUGCCAGAUCUUGAUUCUGCUUUGCAUGAUGUAAGGGAGGAGCAAAAGGAGAUGAUAUUGUCAAGGCACAGUGAAAAAUUGGCAAUUGCUUUCGGGCUGAUGAUUACACCUAGUGGCACUCAAAUACGGGUAUUCAAAAACCUUCGAGUCUGUGGGGAUUGUCACACUGCCACCAAGUACAUCUCUGAAAUUGAAGGGAGGGAAAUUAUUGUUAGGGACACAGUGAGAUUCCACUAUUUUAGAAAUGGGAGAUGCUCCUGCGGUGACUAUUGGUGACCAUAUGAGGUUUGAAUGGAGAAUCCUAUGAAUUAGCCAGAAGAGAUGGUACCUGAAGAUAAGGUGACAUGCUUUGUGACUUCGUUCAAUUUGUUCCUUUGCUUGGAGUCCACAUUUCUUGUUUCCAGUAUGGUGGUUUGGAUAAUUUUUUUCUUCUUCUUUGAAUGGUAAGAGUUAAAUAUUAACAAAAAAGCAACUUAAUAAGGUCAUUCCCUAUGUAUCUAUCAGAAAAUAAGGUCAUCCCUAUGUAUUAAGUUGAGUUAAGCGCAUUAAUCUGUUCGGCAGGUCAGCCCAUGACGGCGUGACCUAGAAUUAGUUGUAACAAAUAUUUGUUUCCUUUAGUUCUAGUUUAGUAGUCUCUACAUGAAAUGAUUUUGAACAAUAAGUGGUGUUAGUA